GGGGCCCGCGCGCUCGGAGGGCGGCAGCGGCGGGCCGUGUGGCCACCGCUACACUCCGAGUCCAGAGAAAUACAGCGCAUUGGCGCAUGGCCUCCCGGCGGAGUUCGCCCGCGGCGGCCUCUGUGGCCGCGCGCUCUCGGCAUGUGAGCCCAUGAGGCGCGUGAGCAGGAGCUCGUGGCUGGCACCAAGGUGCGGCACUGCGGCCGCUGCCACUUAAAUCGCCUGGCUCGCGCGCGGAAGACGGGAGGGAGAGGCCUCCUCUCAUAUCCACCGCAACUAGUCCACCGUAAAAGCAUGAGCUCCCGCGCGGCUCGGCCAUGGCGAGCCAGCGCAACCCGUGAACGCGGCGGCCGGCGCAAGCACAGGAUGGACUGCGCGCCCUUUGCGGCCAUCUGUGAGCGGCGGCGCAAGAUCCGCGUCUGGCGCAGAGAAGAAAGGCGCGGCGGCGCUCGGGACCCUGGCUCGCGUGCGCAGGGCCGCGAUGUCAUGGCAGCGCCUCCCAUCCGCUGCGGCCUGGCGACCCCGACGUCCAUGACAAUAUCACGCGCGGGAGCGGAGGUCCCAGAAGAUAAGCGGCGGCGUGAGGAGCAGAGCACGUCUGUUGAUGAUUAAUAUGAGGUCUUGUUGGAGCCUUAAGUCUUGCCGAAGAUACAAAGGUCCCACCAGACUAGUAGCAACGAGGUCCAAGCUAUAUAGCACAGCGUUUGGCUGCAGGCAGGGUGACCACAGCUGGUUGGUUGGUUACGAAGGAGCCCAUCGUGAGGGCAGGGCCCGGUACUCAUCACAAAAGAAACGCCAACUCCAAGAAACCAACGGGUCUGCGCUGUAGGCGAAUUCCCACUCCACGCCAUCAUGGCGCCGACGCUUCUGCUGGUAGCCCUUGUAGCGCUCGCGGUGGCAGCAGCAACGCCGAUGGUGAUGGAGGCAUCGGCGUUCACGGAGGGGUGCAACAAUAGGAGCACGCCGGGUGGUGGUGGAGGCACCGCGGUGGGGAACAAGCUGAACGUGCACUUGGUGCCGCACUCGCACGACGACGUCGGGUGGCUCAUGACCAUCGACCAGUACUACGUCGGAUCCAACAACUCCAUCCAGGGCGCGUGUGUGAUGAACACACUCGACUCCGUGGUGGACGCGCUCGCCAAGGAUCCUGCUCGCAAGUUCAUCGUCGUCGAGCAGUGGGCAGAUAUUCAAAAUCAGGAGGCUUAAUUUGAUGGAUACUUAUUUUGGAAGCACACCAUAUACCUACCUACCUUGGCCAUGGAUCCCUAUCAUGUACAGUAAAUAGUACUAGCUAGUGCCAAAGCAUGGACCAACAUGUCGACUAUGCUGUUACAAAAACAUCCAUGUCGUACUCACUCAAAGGUACACAGCCUGUCUCCCAAAUUGUGAGUACUAGCAGAUACAAGGAUACCCCACACAAGAUAACAUGGAUAAGCAUUGGAGGAUUCUGAGGAUACCAAGGACCACAAAGGAUAGGAAGAUGAGAGCACAAGCCACAGGGAAGCUUUCUUCCAAAGGUGGUGGGCACAGAAAAGCCUGACAGUCCAGGCCACAGUACACAAACUGGUCGAUUCGGGUCAGCUAGAGUUCAUAAAUGGUGGGUGGUGUAUGCAUGAUGAAGCUGUUGUGCAUUACAUUGACAUGAUUGAUCAGACCACACUUGGCCACCGGGUGAUCAAGAAACAAUUCAAAAAGAUUCCGAGAGCUGGCUGGCAAAUCGAUCCUUUCGGUCAUUCUGCAGUUCAAGCUUAUUUGCUUGGAGCAGAGCUUGGUUUCGAUUCCGUGCAUUUUGCAAGAAUCGAUUACCAAGAUAGGGCAACCCGGAAAGCAAAUAAGGGCCUAGAAGUUAUAUGGCGUGGCUCAAGACCUGUUGGUUCAUCAUCACAGAUCUUCACGAAUGUAUUUCCAGUCCAUUAUAGCGCACCAGUUGGCUUCAGCUUCGAAGUUUUGGCUGAAAAUGUCAUACCCGUUCAGGAUGACAUGUCGCUGUUUGACUACAAUGUCCAAGAACGUGUAGAUGAUUUUGUUGCUGCAGCCAUAGCACAGGCAAACGUUACACGUACAAACCACAUAAUGUGGACCAUGGGGGAUGAUUUUAACUACCAGUAUGCUGAAUCCUGGUUCCGAAAUAUGGACAAACUUAUCCAGUAUGUGAACAAGGAUGGCCGAGUGCAUGCAUUAUAUUCUACUCCGUCCAUCUACACAGAUGCUAAACAUGCAUCAAACGAAUCUUGGCCAGUAAAAUACGAUGAUUAUUUCCCCUACGCCGAUUCAACAAAUGCAUACUGGACUGGGUAUUUUACAAGCCGUCCAACUUUCAAGCGAUACAUUCGAGUGUACAGUGGAUACUAUCUGGCUGCGCGUCAAAUAGAAUUUUUGAUGGGUAGGAGCUCCUUGGGAUUGUUCACUUCCAGCUUGGAAGAUGCAAUGGGUAUUGCCCAGCAUCAUGAUGCAAUCUCAGGUACUGCAAAACAGCACACGACUGAUGACUACUCAAAACGGAUUGCUAUUGGAGCAUCAAAGGUCGAAAAAGGUGUAAACGCUGCUCUGACUUGUCUAACCAACUCUAACAAAACAUGUGUAUCCUCUGUACCAAAAUUUAGUCAGUGUCCACUUCUCAAUAUAAGCUACUGCCCUUCGACUGAGGAAGCAAUUUCAGCAACAAAGCAUUUAGUUGUAGUUGUUUACAAUCCUCUUGGUUGGAAACGUAGUGACUUCAUAAGGGUUCCUGUCAAUGAUGAAGACCUGGUGGUCAAAAGCUCUGAUGGAAAUACUGUUGUGUCACAAAUAGUUGUGGUUGAUAAUGUGACAAACAACUUAAGAAAGUUAUAUGUGAAGGCUUAUCUUGGAGUCACAGCAAACAAGGCCCCUAAGUAUUGGCUAACAUUUCAAGCUUCUGUACCACCAAUGGGAUGGAAUUCUUACUUUAUUUUGAAAUCAACUGGAUCUGGAUACAACAACACUGAACAUGUCCCCGUCGUGGUUCCUCCAAGUAACAACACAAUUGAAGCUGGACAAGGGCAUUUAAAGAUGUCAUUCUCUUCAGCAUCUGGACAACUAGAGAGAAUAUUCAAUUCUGCCUCAGGAGGAGACUUACCAAUUCAACAAAGCUUUCUUUGGUAUAGAUCAAGUAAAGGAGAUGCCUUGGACCCACAGGCAUCUGGAGCUUAUAUAUUUAGACCAGAUGGUAAUACACCAACUAUUGCCUCAUCAUCGGUGACUCUUAAAGUUAUCCGUGGACCUCUAUUUGAUGAAGUCCAUCAACAAUUCAGCUCGUGGAUUUAUCAGAUUACACGACUCUACAAGAACAAGGAGCAUGCUGAAGUUGAAUACACGAUUGGGCCAAUCCCUGUUGACGAUGACGUAGGAAAGGAGGUUAUCACACAGUUGACAGCAAAUAUGAGUACAAACAGUACAUUUUAUACAGAUUCCAAUGGAAGGGAUUUCCUCAAAAGGGUGAGAAACUACAGGGAGGAUUGGAACCUUCAAGUGACUCAACCAGUUGCAGGAAAUUACUACCCGGUUAAUCUCGGAGUGUACAUAGUAGAUGAGAAAUAUGAACUAUCUGUCCUUGUGGACCGUGCUGCCGGAGCAUCCAGCAUUCAGGAUGGUCAGCUAGAGAUUAUGCUACACAGGCGUUUGCUUAAAGAUGAUGGCAGAGGUGUCGCGGAGCCACUUGAUGAAGUGGUUUGUGUGGAUCAAGAUUGCCAAGGGCUAACGGCCAGGGGCACUUACUAUAUCAAUGUCGAGAAGCUAGGCCAUGGAGCUCAUUGGCGCCGUACAUAUGGCCAGCAAGUCUACUCUCCCUUUCUCCUUGCUUUUACUCAUGAGGAUGCGACAAGCUCAAAACCCUACAGUGUGGCCAAAGAUAGUAUGAUGGAUGGGAAUUACAGCCUUCCUGACAACGUUGCGAUUGUCACUUUGCAGAAUCUUGAUGAUGGUACCACACUACUCCGCUUGGCCCAUCUUUUCCAAGCUGGCGAGGACCCGAGAUAUUCAGAGGUAGCAGAGGUUGAUCUGAAAAAGGUCUUUGGAAAGAGAACUAUCAAGGAACUGACCGAGACUAACCUCUCCGCAAAUCAAAAGAAGUCAGAGAUGAAGCAGCUCAACUGGAGAGUUAUUGAGGACGCUGAAAGUGGUCCUGCCCCGGUAAAAGGUGGCCCAGUUGAUUGUCGUGCUCUGGUCGUUGCGCUGGGACCCAUGGAGAUACGCACCUUCUUGCUGAAAUUUUAAUCGCAUUUACCGUGCUUGUAAUUGUAAAGAAAAAACAAUGAUAAAUGGAGAACUUGCUAUCGUUAUUUCCUUUUGUAAAAAAAAGAUGAAAUACCCAAAUAGAACGUUAAAUUUGCGCAAGGUAUGUACAAUCUACAUCAUGUGUUUUCUAUUAUAUGGUUGCUCAUAUUAGAUC